AUGAAAUCGGUUAUUUGGAGCCUUCUAUCUUUGCUAGCAUUGUCGCAGGCAUUGACUAUUCCAUUGCUGGAAGAGCUUCAACAGCAAACAUUUUUUAGCAAGAAAACCGUUCCUCAACAAGUUGCUGAAUUGGUGGGCACCCAUUACUCUAAGGAUGAGAUAAUCAGUCUAUGGAAGGACAUUGAGCUGGAUGUACCCAGGGAAAAGAUCCAAGAGGCCUUCGAUAAGUUCGUAAAACAAUCAACUGCCACUUCCCCCGUUAGAAAUGAAUUUCCCUUGUCUCAGCAAGAUUGGGUGACAGUGACCAACACCAAGUUUGAUAAUUAUCAAUUGAGGGUUAAAAAAUCCCACCCUGAAAAGCUAAACAUUGAUAAGGUAAAGCAAUCUUCGGGAUACCUGGAUAUCAUUGAUCAAGAUAAGCAUCUUUUCUAUUGGUUUUUUGAAUCCCGAAAUGAUCCGUCCACAGACCCAAUCAUCCUAUGGUUGAAUGGUGGACCCGGCUGCUCUUCUAUUACAGGGUUGCUAUUCGAAAAGAUUGGCCCCAGUUACAUCACCAAAGAGAUUAAGCCGGAACAUAAUCCUUAUUCAUGGAACAACAAUGCUAGUGUUAUCUUCCUUGAGCAACCGGUUGGAGUAGGAUUUUCUUACUCUUCUAAGAAAGUCGGUGAUACUGCAACUGCUGCCAAAGAUACAUAUGUGUUUUUGGAGCUUUUCUUCCAAAAGUUUCCUCAGUUCCUGACCUCUAAUCUGCACAUUGCUGGGGAAUCGUAUGCUGGCCAUUAUUUGCCCAAGAUUGCUUCUGAGAUUGUGUCUCACGCAGACAAGACGUUUGACCUUUCAGGAGUCAUGAUCGGUAAUGGUCUUACUGAUCCUCUAAUUCAGUAUAAGUACUAUCAGCCAAUGGCCUGUGGAAAAGGUGGCUACAAGCAGGUCAUUUCGGACGAGGAAUGUGAUGAAUUGGAUAGGGUCUAUCCAAGAUGUGAACGUUUAACGCGGGCAUGUUAUGAGUUCCAAAAUUCAGUUACUUGUGUUCCGGCAACACUUUAUUGCGACCAAAAGCUACUGAAGCCGUACACUGACACUGGCUUGAAUGUCUAUGAUAUUCGUACAAUGUGCGAUGAAGGGACUGAUUUGUGUUACAAAGAACUGGAAUACGUGGAGAAGUACAUGAACCAGCCUGAAGUGCAGGAAGCCGUGGGCUCUGAAGUCAGUUCUUACAAAGGUUGUGACGAUGAUGUCUUCUUAAGAUUUUUGUACUCUGGCGAUGGAUCUAAGCCUUUCCACCAGUAUAUCACGGAUGUUCUCAAUGCAAGUAUUCCGGUUCUGAUUUACGCAGGUGAUAAAGAUUAUAUCUGUAAUUGGCUAGGAAACCAAGCUUGGGUCAAUGAGCUAGAAUGGAACUUGUCUGAGGAAUUCCAGGCAACUCCGAUUCGACCGUGGUUCACUUUGGACAAUAACGAUUAUGCAGGAAACGUACAAACUUAUGGAAACUUUUCCUUUCUAAGAGUAUUUGAUGCUGGUCACAUGGUUCCUUACAAUCAACCAGUCAACGCACUUGACAUGGUUGUCAGAUGGACACACGGUGAUUUCUCAUUUGGUUAUUAA